AUGACACACGAGCUCCUACGCUACCGCCCCGUCGACGACUUCUACGAAGACUGGCUGGACUGCAUCGCCGAGCCUGUCAGCGCCGCUGGGUGCUCGCCUGCGCCGUCUCUCUCGCUGCCUCACCCGCCGCCUGCCGCGGGCGACGUAGCCCACGGAGCACCUCCGCCACCUCCCCGUCAAGACGUCGCCCUCGCACCAAGGCGCGCGGCCCCGCGGUGUGACCCGCCGUGCAAGGCGCCCGCGUGUGAAGAAGAAAGCUGCCAGGAGGUCCAGCGGCCGCAGGAAGAUGCUCCUGCACUCCCAGCACCACCACGUCGAGACCGCGCGCCGCCUACGAUAGUGGCGCGUGAGUGCCAAGGUCAAGCUCCACCUCCACGAUGGGCUCCAGUGACCAUGGCGGGCUGCUGCGCCUUCACUCCCGAGCUAUGCAGCAUCGUCUAG